AUGGUGACUAAGAUGAACAGAAAGAUCGUUGACCUGAAAUUAGACCGUUUGGAACAACAGAGGGAUCUUGUACUUGAAUCACUUGGUGAAUACAUUAACAAGGUGAUUGCUGGAGGAAGAGCAUGGGCAGAUGACACAAGUCAAAACUGGUCCACCUUUUCACAAGUUUUACAAGUGAUAGACACUGCCUCUGACUUUCUUGAUCUGAAAUACAUUGAGAUAAAAGAUGUCUCUGAUGGAGUGAUGUUUCUGGAACCCUCUGUGCCACAAGAAACACAAGAUUCAACACAACAGACAAUAUCCUCUCAUUUUUUGCCUAAUAAAGGAAGUCAUUCUACAGGACUGGCCAAUUGUCAUUCAGCAG